GCCCUCUCUUCAUCAUCUUCGACAUCUUCAUCACGAACUUCCUUCGGCCUUAAUUUUUUAUUGUGCGGUCGUGUGCGUGUCUCUCGUGAUCCGCGCGUAUUAUAUUCAUUCUCAAGUUGCAGUCUGGGCCUAACUCACCACCCCCACUCUUCUCGGACCUUAGCUUCGUGACCUACCUACCCAACUUGGAGCGUGUCAUUCCCAAUUAUAACCUGCUUUCUUGAGAGGAGCAACAAGAACUUCGAAGGGGCCAGCUUGCUUUUCUCGCUCACCAACUUCCUUUCUUACGCUCGUUGUAAAAGUCGAAUCAUUUUUUUUAAUACACCGCAACUACCCGCUUUACGCACUACUCGAGAGCGCGCGCGCAAUCGUCAGACGUCGAGUCCAUCGUUCACGGUUUAGCAAACCUACACCGAGUUAUCCCCCUCAACAAGCAAUCAUGAAGGCCCUAAUUCUCGUCGGCGGCUUUGGCACUCGCCUUCGCCCUCUCACUCUGACCCUCCCCAAGCCUCUGGUCGAGUUCGGCAAUAAGCGGAUGAUCCUGCACCAGAUCGAGGCCCUUGCAGCUGCUGGUGUUACCGACAUUGUAUUGGCUGUCAACUACCGCCCCGAGAUCAUGGAGAAGUACCUGGCCGAGUACGAAAAAGAAUUCGGCAUCAACAUCACCAUCUCGAUCGAAUCCGAGCCCCUCGGCACGGCCGGCCCGCUCAAGCUCGCCGAGGAGGUGCUCCGUAAGGACGACACCCCCUUUUUCGUGCUUAACUCGGACGUGACGUGCGAUUACCCCUUCAAGGAGCUCGCCGCCUUCCACAAGUCGCACGGCGACGAGGGGACCAUUGUCGUGACCAAGGUGGAGGAGCCCUCCAAGUACGGCGUCGUGGUUCACAAGCCGGGGCACCCGACCAAGAUUGACCGCUUCGUCGAGAAGCCGGUCGAGUUUGUGGGCAACAGGAUCAACGCGGGCAUGUACAUCCUCAACACGUCGGUCCUUGACCGCAUCGAGCUGAGGCCCACCUCGAUCGAGCAGGAGACCUUCCCCGCCAUGGUGAAGGACGGGCAGCUGCACUCUUUUGACCUGGAGGGCUUCUGGAUGGACGUCGGGCAGCCAAAGGAUUUCUUGACGGGGACGUGCCUGUACCUGUCGAGCCUGGCGAAGAAGCAGAGCAAGCUGCUGACCCCGACGACGGAGCCGUUUGUGUACGGGGGGAACGUGUUGAUUGACCCGAGCGCCAAGAUUGGGAAGAACUGCAGAAUAGGGCCCAACGUGACGAUUGGGCCGGAUGUGGUGGUGGGGGAUGGGGUGAGGCUGCAGAGGUGUGUGCUGCUCUCGGGAGCCAAGGUGAAGGAUCACGCUUGGGUGAAGAGCACGAUUGUGGGAUGGAACAGUGUGGUGGGGAGGUGGGCGAGGUUGGAGAAUGUGACGGUGUUGGGGGAUGAUGUGACGAUUAGUGAUGAGGUUUAUGUUAAUGGGGGGAGUGUGCUGCCUCACAAGACGAUCAAGGCGAAUGUGGAUGUGCCGGCUAUUAUUAUGUAAGGGCAAGGACAGAAAUGGGGGAUUUAUAUGGGAUUGUAAUUCAUGAUAUUCUGGGAGGGCUGGGAGCAGUUGGGUGGGAAAGGGACCCAGGUUAUUUUUUUUUCUUGUGAAAAGAAGAAUUGUUUUUUUGUUUGAGAUGUUAAGAUUUUAUUUUUUUUAAAAAAAAGAGAGAGAGAGAGAGAGAGAGAGAAAUGGAAACACUCCACACACAUUUGAUGUUGAGAUAUAUUCAAGCUAUUUGGUGAUGGGUGAUUGGGUGUUCAAGAACCAAUGUAUACAGACGGUGACAAUAGGAGGGCAAGGAUUAGCAAAGAAUAGUAUGGAAAUAUAUCACCAUCACCACCACCAGCAACCA